CUCGAGUUACAAUCACUAUCCCUUUUUUCCCAUGACAAUGACAAUAAAUAAUGCAAUUGUUUCAGUGGCAAAGUCGACAUGAUCCAGGCCCUGCGAAAUGAGUACCUUACUGGCCAAUAAACGAGUACCUCUCAGGGGUUUUCAGAGUUUGCUGUUUGCAUCUCCCUCCUUGUCUCCACACCCUCCUGAUCCUGGUUCUGAUCCUGAUUCUGAUCCUGAUCCCAAUCCUAGUUCUGAAUCUGAUCCUGAAUUUCGAUCUCGACUGUUACGUUUCACUCUGCGUUGAUUCUCCACCGUUGAAUCACCCGUCCCUUGCAUCGACACCCAUUCUUUUGCUCGUUUCGCUGUGUGUAAACAAUACUCCUUUAUUUCCUACGCCCUUUCAUCCGUACGCUACAUCGCGCUUCAAAAUGGCAGGAGCACCAUCAUCAUGGACCUUCACUCGUCGCGACGAUCCAGAGUCGCUUGAGGAGUGUUCGGUAGAUGCCGAAGGGAGACUUGAAUACAACAACGGCCUGCAUAUCGCCAGCAUCUUCAUCAUCCUCGUGGCCAGUACUGCCGGUGUGUUCAUGCCAGUAAUUGCCUCCAAGGUUCAAUUUCUUCGUAUCUCGGAGAGAGUAUUGCUCCUUGGAAAGCAGUUUGGCACAGGUGUUAUUCUUGCAACGGCCUUUAUCCAUAUGAUGCCAACAGCGAUGUCAAACCUCUCAUCACCGUGCUUGGGACCGAUUUUUUCAGAAAACUACACCGCAUUCGGGGGACUCUUCAUUUUAAUGUCCUCACUGUUCAUGCACUGGGUAGAGUUCAUCGCGGUGGAGCACAAUGAGCGCAGGAUGCGCGAAGCCGCUGCUAGCAAAGGGGUUGAGGACCUCAACAUUGAUCUGGGCGGUUUGGGUGCCACUGGAGUCGCGGCUGUACCCUGUCCUGGACACAGCAUCACCAUCGUCGAGGAGGCACCAUGCUACGACACUUGUUCUUCAGGCACUUCGUGUGAUAUCGACCAUCCAGUUCAGGAGACAUCGCACUCGGUCGUCGCCAGUUCCUCAGGAUCCUCUAUCACCAAGAACGACUCGAAUAUAUCCCAGGCUGCACAGCAUUCUCAGUCCCACGAUCAUGAACAUGGCCAUUGCCAUGGCCAUGCACACGAGAAGAAGGCUAAGAGCAACACCGAGAGUAGUCAUCAUCACCAUACGCACGAAGUCGGUCAUUCUCACGCACAUGGUCUGUCGUUUCUGGACGAGUCCCAGCGUCGCAUUUCCACAUACAUACUGGAAGCAGGCAUUGCGUUCCAUUCUGUCAUUAUUGGCGUCUCUCUUGGAGUGUCGACCGGGUCCGAGUUUACAGGACUUUUGAUUGCCUUGAUUUUCCACCAGUUCUUUGAAGGAUUUGCUUUGGGAGCAAGGAUCGCAGAUCUCGCUUUUGAUACGACAUAUACCCACUACGUCCUCGCCUUCAUCUUUUCAUUGACCACACCAAUCGGUGCAGCCAUCGGCAUUGGUAUCUCGAACACGUACAGCGCCAACUCAAAGUCAUCCUUGCUGGUAGAGGGUAUCUUUGAUUCUAUCUCCACAGGGAUCUUGCUGUACAUGGGCUACGUCAAUCUGUUGGCAAUCGAGUUUAAUCUGAACGUAGGACUGAAGAAAGAGUCCAAGAAGGUCAAGUCGAUGUGCUUUCUUGCCCUCUGGUUCGGCGCCGCUGUCAUGGCCAUCAUUGGUCGCUUUGCAUAAUCAUCUUUUUAUCCAUCUCCAUGUUAUUUCUGCCCAUCUUAUACCUCCAUCUUCUAUCACUAUUUGCAUGAACGUCCUUUCGCUGUAUACGAUACCUAUUGCCAUCUGUCCUCGUUAUCGCUAGAAAAUAAAAAUAAUCCAAUGCUAAGUCUUUCAAGC